GAGUAUUCCUUGUCCUUUGAACUACGCAGUUGCCGGCUUGUGCUGCUUUGCUGCUUUUUGUGUUGGCGCCGAAAAUGGUACCGUUAGGGUCUCAGUAUCCCUCUCCGUCGAACUUCGUUCUCCCAUCUUUCAUCUCCUUCAUCUUUGUUCUGCUCUCCCAAUUCGCCCUAACCGUGGUUCCUCGCUACUUCUUUUCCUUCCCUUUACUCGCCAAGCUUGUACUUUCAGCUAUUUUACUCCUAGCUGUUACAGGUUUUGGCAGAUGUUGCAAGCGGCUUGUUCGUGUUUAUGCGUCGGCUCCGGCUUUUGUCUUCUUCAAUUUCUUGUUUAUUUGGGGAGUUUACAUUUUCGUUAUCCGAGAAGCCAUUCCAUCUUUUUCAGAUGUAGUAUUCAAUGCGGAGCUUUCCCUGCUAAUGAUUGGUUACUACAGAAUUCUACGCAGUGAUCCUGGUCUGGUUCCACAUGAAUCUUCUAGUUUGGACACAAUCAUGGGGAAUAUAAAUUCUGAAGUAAAGCUUGAUUCUGAGGAAGAGGAACUUUCACCAAGUCAUAAGCAGCACAGUAAAGAGGCAGAAGAAGGAUAUCCUGUACCCAGGAGGGUAAGAUAUUGCAGGCACUGCAAGGCAUACAUAUGGGGAUUUGACCACCACUGUCCUGCUUUUGGGAACUGUAUAGGUCAAAAAAAUCAUGCGUUGUUUAUGGCUCUUCUAGUUGGAUUUAUCAUUGCUGAGGCAUCUUAUGUAGUACUGUCAACUCAAUUUGUUACAAAAUCCCAGUCCAUGGACGAAACUGUAUUGGAGUCUAAUCCAGCUAGCAACUUGGCUACCAGUACAAUGCUAUUCUGCCUGCUUCAAGUUCCAUGGCAGGUGGUAUUCCUCAUAUGGCAUAUUUAUUGUAUAUGUUUCAACAUCAAAACUGAUGAGUGGGCCCCCUUUAACGUCUUGGGUCACCUAGACACCGUGACAACUAUGAUCAGAUCGCAGCUAGUUUAUGUGUUCCUCAGAUUCACCAUGUUAUGGGAAUUUCAAGAGAUAAAUUGGAACAAGUAUCCAGAGUUCCAACUCACUUUACAGUGUCAACCAGGGAGUACUUCUGUUGAAACGAAGUUUAGGAAUCCAUAUGACAGAGGUAUAUUAAGUAACGUGAAUGAGUUUUUGGCAGCCAGCAAGAGCCAAUUUUGGUGCACAUGUUAAAGAUUCAAAUACUUGGGGUGCAAUUACUGAUCUGCUCACAAAAAGAGGGGAUUAUUUUUUGGAAUGGGGGUAGGCAGAGCGUUUGGCCCUUGCUUGGUUUUCUGUAUCAUGAUCUUGAGGCCGUAGAUGAUCCAGAUUAUCUACCUGGAUACAGGAAAUGGAAUAAUAGGAAAUAAGCUUUCUGAAGAUUGGAUUGAAGGAGGAUUUUGGUGGAGUCUUCAAAUAACCUUAUCUCCAAGAGAUUGCUUAUUCUCGUCUACAAGGCACAUGAAAGGCUUUCUGAUACAAUGGAGAAUAAUGACGAGGCUUUGAUAUGCUUGCCACUUGUGAGGGAAUACGAGACCUGUACGUGAACUUCCAGCUGGAAAAGGAAAACACCCACAAUGUCAUCAAUUGCCCAAGUAUCCAUCCAACACUGUUGCAAGGGUAUGCAGCUCGUACAUGUAAAAUAUUGUACAUAAACCACAUUGUUUUUAGGUGAAUAUACCAAAUAAGAUGUAGAUUUUACCCUCA